CCUUCCAGGAAAUGACAGCAGACGGGUGUACGGGUGUAUGUCUACCUGACCAACGUCCCGUUGCUCAUACCACAGGUUGAACUGCCUUUGACAUGAAUACAGACAACUUGCCAACAUACAUCUCUCUGAAUGACCUUGCCUGGACGAGGCAACUGGCGAGGGAUGAUGAUGACACACAGGAAGCCCAUGUACCAGAUGCUGAAGUACUGUUCGGAACUCUCACUGGAACCUUUGAAAAAUCAUCAAGUUGCCCUUGGAUCAACAGCCAUGAGUCGGUAUCACUGGAGUAUGAGAACGUUCUAUGGAGAAGGGAAAGAGUAACAAUCUUCAACAGCAGCAGGAUGUGUCUGGGUAUACUCAAUCCACCUCUUGAUGUCCCCAUGAUGAGAAUCAAAGCUGAUCGUGUAGCAAGAGUCGAAGCAGACACACUUCUCGUCAAUGAAAACAGUAAAACCGUGCCUAUCCAGCUUACAUUGUACGGACCUACUUGGAACAAAGACAAGUGCACAAUGAUCUUAAAUGCAGCCACGGCAGCCUUCAACGUGGCCGAGGGACAGAGAGUACCAAUAGGUGUGGGCAACCAUGUCUUCAAUAACGAGGAUAUACAAGCUGCUGUUCCACACUUUGCAGCAAGACCUGUUGCGGCACCCUUCGCUGGGCUAGAAGCCAACCACCACACAAACGUUGACAGUCAUCGGCAGAGGUUCACGCCAGUUGAGGUUAGCAAUGCUGUAGACCAGCUGUUUGGAACACUCAACGAAGGGGACAAAACUACAGAACAAGAACCGACAGAGGCUGUGAGGACGCCCCUGUACCAGCACCAGAAGCAAGCCCUUCACUGGAUGAUAGGCCGGGAAAACAAAUAUCAGCUGCCACCAUUCUGGGAGAUAACAGACAGUGGCCAUUAUUACAACAGAGUACUGAAUCAUAGUACUUAUGAAAAGCCACCAAGUGUUCGAGGCGGUAUUCUGGCCGAUGAUAUGGGCCUGGGAAAGACACUGGAAAUCAUUUCUCUGGUACUGACAAACUUUGUGGACAAUCGACCACUGGCUGUUCCUUUGCCUGACACACAACGAGACAGAAGAGAAAAGUUCCUCAACAAGAGGGAUCAGAAGCACCUGACAAAGACGACACAGUGUCUUCCAAAGUUACGUUUUGGGAAGCCUGAUAGUGCCAAUGUUGAGAUUGUUAGCGUUUCAUCAGAUGCAGACCAACGUCGGGGACACAGUGAGAGUGUUGGUAGAAUGAAGGAUGUUGAUGCAUCGGGUAGGAACCUACAGGGUACGACCCCAAAGGGCAUGCGUAAAGAAAACUACAAAUCUCCAUAUGACGACGACGACGACGACGACGACGACGACGACGACGAUGAUGAUGGUGAUGAUGAUGAUGAUGAUGAUGAUGAUGAUGAUGAUGAUGAACUGUCUGAUCUUUAUGACGAGACAUUCUGUUAUGAAGGAUCUGCCGAGGAAGACCCUGACGUAAUGAUUGUUGGCGUCUCAUCGAAUGUAGACAAACGAUGGGAAUGCUGUGAGAGUGUUGAGAGAAUGGAGGACGAUAUGGAUGCAUCAGAUUUCAUGACAGCCAAUCAUUGUGAUGAAAUGGGGAGGAGUCUCAGUGAAAAUGAUCAGCCACGUGGUACACUGAUCAUUUGUCCUAUGUGUGUCCUCAGUACCUGGCAGGAUCAGUUUGUGGAGCAUAUUCACCCUAACGUCCACAUUGACGUCUAUCCUUACCAUGGCAGUCAGCGUUGUAAAGAAUUCAGUUUUCUUGAGAGGAAGGAUGUCGUAAUUUCAACAUAUGGAGUUGUGCGGAGUGAAUUCAAGAACUACCUGAAUCAGAAGGAAGCCCCACUGUUUGGGAUAAACUGGCUUCGCAUUGUGUUGGAUGAAGGACACAUAAUAAGAAACCCAAGGGCUCAGCAAACGAAAGCGGCGAUUGCCCUCAGAGCACAACGCAAGUGGGUUCUCUCAGGUACACCCAUCCAGAACAGGAUGCUGGAUCUGUGGCCGCUCAUCAGUUUCCUUAACGUGACACCUCUCAAUAAAAGGUACUGGUGGGACCGCCUGUUGUUUGAGGAACCCUUGCAACGUGGUCUGAAUAUAGCCUUUAGACUUGUCCAGCACCUGAUGGGUAACAUCGCUAUGCGAAGGACAAAGACCACCCUCGUAGAUGGAGAGCCCCUUGUGAAGCUGCCCAAGAGAGAAGUGUACAUUGAGCGAAUCAAGAUGUCAGACGAGGAGAGCAGGAAGUACAAGUCCAUGGAGGAGCAGGGGAAGAUCGAGAUAAAAGACUAUUUUCGGAACAACAUUCUAUUGAAGAAAUACUUUCUUGUGUUGGUGAUCAUCCUCCGACUGCGACAGAUGUGUUGUCAUAGCUACCUACUGGCCCGCAAUUCUGAUUGGAUACCAAGCGAAGAAUCGGAUUCCGAAGAGGAAGACUUCGAAAAGAAGCGUGAGACUCUGGUUAACAGGCUGAGGGUCGUCAGCGAGUCAGAUGAAGAGUGCUCUGUGUGUGUCGACGUCCUGAAGACUCCUGUGAUACUACCAUGUGCACAUUACUUCUGUCACAAAUGCAUCCUCAAAUACAUCAAACACAUGGAACAAGCAGAGAAGAGUGAUGCCACGUGUCCUAUGUGUCGUGUGCCUAUAGCUGCAGAUCAGAUAAUCCAACUUCCGGAACAGCCGGAACCUCAACACUAUGGUGACUGGAAGUCGAGUACAAAGGUGGACGCCCUGAUCACAGCCCUGGUGAAGCUAAGAAAUGAAGACCCAUCUGUAAAGAGUAUUGUGGCCUCGCAGUUCACCUCUUUCCUGACGCUUAUAGAAAAGCCACUUAAGGAACACAACUUCAAGGCUGUGAGACUAGACGGAACGAUGUCAAUUUCUCAGCGCCAGGAAGCUAUCCAGAAGUUCUCGAACCCUCAGCCUGAAUCUCCAACCAUCUUCCUCAUCUCCAUACGCGCGGGUGGCGUGGGCCUCAACCUGACUGCAGCAUCCAGGGUGUUCCUCAUGGACCCGCAAUGGAACCCGGCAGUGGAAGAACAGUGUUUCGACAGAUGCCACCGCCUGGGCCAAACCAGAGAUGUCAUCAUCACAAAGUUCAUUUGUGAGGACACUAUCGAGGAGAGAAUGUUGGACCUCCAGGAGAGGAAGAGGCUGAUGAUGCAGCAGGUUUUUAAGCCGCAGCAGACGGCAACACAGAGAAGGGAACAGCGGGCUCGUGACAUAACAACUGUCAUGAACAUUACAUCAUAGUACCCAGUUGGAGGAAGGACGUCUACCAAAAGUCGUCAACCAAAAACCCAGGGAACUACUAAUUAGACAUUUCUUUGAACACAUACAAGGAGACAUAAUUAGACAUUUAAGUAUUUCAACAUAUUGCAUUUUAUAAUUAUAGGCAGUUGUCAGCGUAGGGUUGUAUAUGCUAAUACUUUUGGGGGCAAAUUGUGUGAAUGGCAAAUACUAUCAGUGCUUGCCCUUUUCGCGAGCGUGUUGUGUCGUUGAUUGUCGGUUGUUCAUUUAUGAAAUUUUCACAACAAUGUUGCCCUUCAUACCAAGCGGAAUCUGUUUCUGGGGAUGGUCAAGGCUGGGUGAUCUUUGCACGGACGUUUGUAUGUCCGUAUAGCUACAAUAACCUACUAUAGUUAUUGAGGAAUUAUGUUAUCAAAUAUAUUACCAUGGUCGAAGUCAGUACAAACGUUAAUUCAGAAAGCAAUAAAGCACAUUCCUAGUAAACAUUUCCAUUUUGAAUUGAAAAAUCUUUCUCCCACAGUUCUGGUUAAAAUGUUUGAUUCUAAAAUAAAGCCUAUAAGUUUGUAUUGCUCACGAGAUUUUAGAUUGGCAGAAGUGGGGCAAAAUGAACAAUUUCACACAUAAUUUUGUAAAUUUGCAAUGGGAGUUGGAAAAUCAUCGACAUGCGCAGCUGUUUCAGGUGAGUGUGGACGUUUAAAUAUACUGAGAGAAACAAAUAAAGUAACACAGGAAAAUUCAGGUGUCAUAUUUUCAGGUUUUCAUCACCAGUUUUAAAUAGCACUGUGGGAGGAAAUCUGAAAACAAAUAUGUGAACACUGUCAUGAAGUGGUGUUCACUUAUUUGUUUCCCUCGGUAUAUUUAUUGAAUAGCUUCUACAAAUUGUGUCAGAUAUUAGUGUUAACUUGUAUACAAGCCUAAGAAUAGGUACUCAAAAUAAUGUUACACUAUCUUAAAGUGGUUAGAUCAACACGGUAGGAUUACAUGGGCAUAUUUAAAAAACCUACUUGACUUUAUUUGUUUAUCAGUGACUUUAGAAAAAGAAUUAAAGAUUGCAACAUCCAAAGAUGUAUUUUUCAAAGAUCAGUUGUCACUCGAAUUUAGACUUAUAAGCAGCUUAAGUCUACUUUCGCCAUGGAACAUAUUUAUUGAAAGUAUA